UACCUAACAUAAUAAUUUGCCCAUGGCCCUUUCGUGCUUGUUUUCUGUUGUAAAAAAUAAAUUGAAGUCUAAAUAAAAGCAAUAAAUGUUUGAUAAGGUAACACACUCAAAAAGCAUAUAGGACAUAGCAAUUUGAGAAACAUUCCGAUCUUCUUCUCCAACUACUCAAGAAGAUGCUUUCAACUGCCAUGGAUCACCUCAAAUCUCAACCUUUCUUAGUUCUUCUUCUCUCCUUUAUUGGAUUCAUCUCCUUCUUCAAAAACUCCUUUAUUUUUCUCAAAUGGAUCUUCAUCACAUUUUUCAGAAAUUCAAAGAAUCUUAAAUCUUAUGGCUCAUGGGCACUCAUCACUGGCUCAACUGAUGGAAUUGGAAAAGCUUUUGCUUUUCAACUGGCCCAAAAAGACAAUCUUAACCUAAUAUUAGUAGCUAGAAAUUUAAGCAAACUACAACAAGUCUCUGCUGAAAUCAAAGCUCAAAAUCCAAAUACCCAAAUCAAGAUUGUUGUUCUAGACUUCUCUGGUGAUCUUUCUACAGGAAUUCAAAAAAUGAAAAAGGCCGUUGAACGGUUAGAUAUUGGUGUUUUAAUUAACAACGUUGGUGUUACAUAUCCAGGAGCCAUGUUUUUUCAUGAGGUGGAUGAGAACAUAUGGAAAAAUAUAGUGAAAGUGAACUUGGAAGGUGCUACUCUGGUGACAAUGGCAGUGUUACCAGGAAUGAUACGUAGAAGAAAGGGUGCUAUCGUGAAUAUGGGUUCUGGUGCUUCAAUAGUUGUACCUUCUCACCCUCUUUUUGCUAUCUAUGCUGCAACUAAAGCGUAUAUCGAUCAGUUGUCGAGAUGUUUGUACGUGGAAUACGAACACCACGGUAUAGAUGUUCAGUGUCAGGUACCAUUAUAUGUUAAAACGAAGAUGACUUCAAGAGUUGCAAGCAUAGAGAGAUCUACAUUGUUCAGUCCAUCAGCGGAAAAGUAUGCGAAAGCAGCUGUUGGACAAAUAGGAUAUGGAGGAAGGAGAAUGCCUUACUGGCCACAUUCACUUCAAUGGUGGUUUGCUUCUUUGUUGCCUGAACCUCUUCUUGAUGCCUGGCGCCUCUCCAUCGGCCUCAGCAGGAGGAAUGAUAAGCACAAUAUUUACUAAGCUUUCAUAAUUGUUUACAGCGUAAUUUCAUUAGCUUCGUUUUAUACUGUAUAAAUUUUUUACACCAAUAUGUCAAGUAUGAUAUGUUUGAUCAAAAAUACAGAUCUCGGUUCAACCAAUUAGAUUUAAAUAAAGAAGAGUUAA